CCAGCCGUGAUGAAAGGAAUUAGCUUGAAACAUCGACUCAUUCCUUUCCAUAAAUGCUGUCUGACCUGCUGAGUCCCUUCAGUUAUAUUCUACAUCUGUUGGUUAUCAACCGAAAGUGAUCUUCUUCCCGUGAAGGACACGAACCAGCAAACCAGCUUAAAAGGAAAACGAAUUAGCUGGACGUUAUGGCUGAUAUCGAGAAACUUACAAGAGCAGCAGCCAGCGGGGACAGCAACAGGGUGAGGCAACUGUUGGAAGAAGGAGUAGACCCCAAUGGUGUGAAUACAUUUGGCAGGACUGCUAUACAGGUGAUGAAAAUGGGCUGUCCGGAUAUUUGCCGAUCUCUGCUGAGUCGCGGAGCGAAUCCUAACUUGCUGGACCGAUGCGGCACCGCGCUCAUCCACGAUCUUGCUCGCGAAGGUCAUCUGGAUACGUUGAUCGUCCUGGUAGAAGAAGGAAAGGCUGAUAUCAAUCUCCGAGACCGAAACAAUAAAACAGCUAAAGACUUGGCGGAAGAAAAUAACUUCCCUAACGUAGUGAGCUAUCUGGUUCAGCGACACCGAGCUACUUAAGUAGGUGUCUAAUGGCGUACCAUCUUGGCUAUACUAGUCAGAUUUACAGUAAAAGUUCACUGCAAAAGUUGUAAACGUCGCAAUGUGAACAUUCCAAAUAAAUACUGCAAAUAUAUACAUAAAAGGUUAGUUUAUUAAAAUAUUGAAUAAACUACUUAAAAUAUAA